AUGAGCACCAUGUUUCGAAGGCUUGCAGAAAUUCCGAUUCCAGUCGCAGGAACUAUCAGUGACAAUGUUGUACAAGUCACAUAUUCCGUGAGGGACCACGUCCAGAAGGCAAAAAAGACGUUGUCGAAGACCAUUUUUAUUAACGAUGCAGGACUGGUAGGAUCAGGGAACAUGCAGGAGGUGUCCCCCGAGAUCGCACUGUCAGCUGUAUCGCCAUCGGGGCAGCUCAGAGCCGUCUUGCGAGAAUCGGGGAACGGAGACGACAAGAAGCGAUUCGUGGAGAUUUGGCGUGGCGAUCGUCUAGAGAUAUCUACUGAAGUUACAGACAAGCAUGGGGCAUUUUAUUCUGACGAUUAUCUGUCGACGCUUUCCUUCUCGCCGACAGAAGGUGCGGUAGUAUAUACUGCAGAGGCCAACCCUCCGGGCAAGGACAGCAGCUUGCUGGAUCGCUUCAGGUUCACCCCCAGCUUCGGCGAAGGCUUACCGACCAGGAAGCGCCCGACGACAUUUAUAUAUCGCUGGCGUGAUAUCACCGAUAAAGACACCAUACUCCCAACGCCAUCCUUCAGCCGUAUUUCCGUGUCGCACUCCACCACUGUACUCUUCGGCCAGGCCACGUUUAUCAGCGAUACGGAACUCUUGGCCACUGGCUACGAGUAUACCGCUGACGGGCGACUUCUUGGGAUAAAAGGAUGCUUCAAUCGGCUGGUUGGUAUAUGGAGGAUCAUCAUCCCUAAUGCGGGCGCGGACGUGCCUGAUGCUCCUUGCAGUGCGACGAAAUUGACACCGUCUGAUAGGUCUUGCAGGUCUCUCAGACGCAUCGUCUCCGACCCGCAUUCUCAGAGUGACGAUGUCUUCUGGCUCUCGACAACGACGGGCGGUGCGCAUGCCGGGUGCUCUACUCUCCACCGAUAUAAUUCACGCACUACUAGCGAGGAGCCGCGCAUAGUCCUAGAAACUGUCUGGGAAGCGCAAGAAGACUCCUUCGCUGGUCUCUAUCUCGACGGGCUUUCUCAACGUCCUUUCUUGAAGUUGCAAGGCAAGACAUAUAUGGCCUGCCAUUCGAUGAAACGGUCACGCUUGACGAUCUUCCUCAUCGACGUUGAGGGGGGCUCGGUCUUUGAGCUGACCCCCGGGGAACUGGACAGCUGGAACGUCCUUGGAACGGACGGUGCAUCGAGGAUAAUAUGUGUGCGCAGUUCACCCGCAGAGCCGUACGGCAUUUUCGUCCUCCAGUUGAACGCACAGAAUCCAUUCAGCCCGCCGACUCAAUAUCUCAUCGAUCAUGCUCUAUUACCCAACGACGUCGAAAAGGCUCUGAAGACGUUGGAUGUAUCAAUAGUGCCAAUCCCAGGCCGAUACCCCACGGAGACGGUCGUAUAUAAAUCCAAGGAUGUCGGGACGACACCCCCGCUGAUCACGAUCCCGCAUGGCGGACCCCACUAUACUCCCACCACGGCCUUUUCUGCAGCAACGAUCGCGUUGGCACUCGAAGGAUACACACUUUCCCUGCCGAAUUACACCGGCUCCCUUGGUUUCGGGGAGCAGUACGUCCAGGCGCUGAGAGGAAACUGCGGCUCGCUCGACGUCGAGGAUUGCAUGGCGUCGGUGAAGCACCUCGUCGACCUCGGGAUCGCGAAAUUCGGCAAGGGGCAGCAGUUCGUUUCCGGAGGGAGCCAUGGCGGAUUCCUCGCUGCUCACCUCAUCGGGCAGUACCCAGACGUCUUCUCCGCAGCAGUCCUCCGCAACCCCGUCAUCUCAUGCGGCGAACUUGCGAUAUCCGAUAUCCCUGACUGGGCCUUCUCCGAGCUAGGCCUGCCAUUCACCCCGGAUUCGUUGGUCACUCCGGAAAUCUAUGAACACUUGUACCGCGCUUCGCCGAUCGCCCAUGUGGACAACGUGUCGGCCAAAGUGUUAUUGCUGAUUGGCGGUAGCGACAUGCGUGUCCCGCCCCCACAGGCAAUCAGAUAUUACCAUGCUCUCAAAGCCAGGUCGAAGGAGGUUGAGAUGCUGUGGUUCGAAAAAGAGGGCCAUCCCCUCGAAGGCGUGGAAGCUACAGAAGUCGGGUGGGAGGUAGCAAGGGAUUGGUUCAAGUCCGCUCGAGCGUAA